AUGGCUAUCGCAGAAGUGCUGAAGAAUGCAAUGCGCGCUACUUGCGAGUUCCAUAAGGAAACAAACGCCUUCUCCACCGAAUCCCUGCCACCGGUAGAGAUAUCUGUGUGUAAGAGUGACAGUGACUUCUUCAUCAGGAUAAGGGAUCACGGGGGCGGCAUAUCUAAGGCCAUCUACACCAGAGUCAUGGAGUACUCCUUCACCACCGCAAAAGACUACCAGACUGAACUGGAGUCAGGCGGUCUAUCCCUGACAUCGCAGAACCCCGCCGGACCCAUGGCUGGUCUAGGGUUUGGGUUGCCUAUGACCCGGGUGUAUGCCGAGUACUUUGGGGGGUCUAUGGAUAUGUAUACCAUGGACAAGUACGGCACAGACGUGUUCCUGCGCCUGCGCCACUUCGACGAUGUGCUGGUGCGACAGCGUCUUAUCUAGAGUGGCCGGGGUGUGGCUAAAGGGCGGGGUGUUUGUAGAUGCUUGAUAUCCGAACAACCAUAUACAUGCCUGCUGGCGUAGGUGUAUCUAUCAAGGGGGGCAGGGUGUGGGGUGAAGGGUGGGAUAUGAGUAGAUAACUUGAUCUUUUAACAUACGAAUACGUACACGC